AUGCACGAGCGACUCGGCACCGACGACUCGCUGCUCGAGGUCGACGGCCUCGCCGACUUUGCCGCCCGCCUGCGCGACAGCAACUCGUCGAGCGGUGCGGCAGGAGGCGCAAGCGGCAGCAGCAGCCGCGGUCGGGAGGGCCAGCAGCGAGGGUGGGUCCACGACGACAAGGAGCAGGACAACCCGCACUUGCAGCCGGCGCGCUACAGCCCUCGCGACCUGCCCUUCCCCGCCGGCUCCUCUCCGCCUUCAACCGCACCUCGAACCUCGGCCUCGCCGACAGGGCGUGCAGACCUCGACAGCGACGAGUUCCCGUCCGGCUUGCACCCGACCGCAGCCAGGACCUCGCACGCUCGCCCGUCGCUCCCUCGACCCGCCUGGUUCGAAUCCCCUCCUCCUCGCGCUCGCCCUCACCUCGAGCGAGAAGGGCCACUCGACGUCGACCACCGGCACCAAGACUCGCUGCGCAGCGCGACGUCCUACGGCCACCCUCCCCCGUUCUCGCCCGCCUCGACGCUCCCCUAUCCUCCUCCGCCGCCAUUCGUCUCGCCCGCCUACGCCGACCCGUACGCCGUUGCCUACCCGUUCGACCACUCCGUCGAGUACCGCACCGACGUUCGCGGCGACCUCGGCGCGUCGAGCUGGUCCGCCACGACCGCCGACGUCGACGUCGAGCACGAUGCCGCGAGCGAGAAGGGCUAUGCCGCUCUGCCCGGCCCGAGCGUCGGCGAGUGGCACGCUCCCGGCGGCGCAUACCUCCAUGGCGUCGGGUUCGACGACUCGCACGCUCGCGGCGCCGCUCAGCCGGCCAAGAAGAGCGCUGCGGCGCUCGAGCGGCGGCGCGAGCAGCUCGCGCGCAAGUUUGGCGGGUCGAGCGGUCGGCCGGCGGCGACAGGCGUUCGAGCGGGAGCGCGAGGAGCGAGGACAGAGGAGGAGGAGGCGACGGGCGUCGAUGCGGGCGGGCGGCUCGUCACGGUCGGGCGCCGCAAGCGCGUCUUCCUGCGGUGCGCUCAGGCUGCGGGCGCUCUACUCGUCGGCGUAUGCGCGAUUGGUGCAGCUUUCACCCACCCCGUCGAGUCGGCCGACCAUCCCGCUCCGGCGCCAAAGGGCUCAGCACCUCAUUGGGCCCUCAUCGUCCUCCCCUUCCUCAGCCUCUCCCUCACGCUCUACCUGUUCGCCCUCCAUCCGUGCCUGUACCGCCGCCAACGAGCGCGCGAGGACCCGGCGCACGGACCCGGCGGGGCGGCGCCGGGCGCGCUCGGUGUCUACCCGCUCGUGCAGCCGCAGCAGCCGUCGCACUCGAAGCGUAGCUGGUUCGGCGGCGGCGAUGCACGAGGAGGACGAGGAGGAGGUCCAGGAGCCGGCGGCGGCCUGAGCGUCAACCUCGUCGUCGACCCGAGGUUCCUGCCAAGGUUCGACGGCGUCGACGACGCACAGCGAGCGUCUGACGUCGAGCGGCGGGAGCGGCAGCAGAAGAAGCGGCGCCGCAAGCGUCAACGCCGGCGCGAGGAGCGACGACGAGCCGCCGCCGCCGCAGGCGAGGGCGCCGGCCUCUCUUCUUCCUCCUCGUCGUCUUCCCUUUCGAGCCUGUCGUCCGACGACUCGGAUCCUUGGACCGCCUCGAGGUCGGCCGCCGGUCCUCGCGACAGCACGUCGAGCAACCCGCGGCGGGCCCUCCUCUCGCACCUCUCGCACGAGGCGACCUGGCGCGCGGCACGGUCGUUCGGCAAGCGCAUCGCGGCGGUCGACUUUGCGUGCUGCGUCGUCUGGGGCGCGGUGAGCGUGUGGGCGAUCGGGUGGGCGGGCAAGUGUACGCCGGGCGUCGGCGAGGGCUUUUGUAACCUGUUCAACUCGGCCGAGGCGUGCGCUGUCCUGGCGACCGUCGCUUUCGCGUCGUCGUUCGCGCUCGACUGCUUCGACUUGAGUCGAGCGAAAUUGAGCCCGAGGAUGCGGCAGCAACGUCUCGUCGGGUCUGUGUAA